AUUGGAUAAAAACAUUCAAAAAUGAUCCAGGAAAGCUUCAAUAUCAAAAAGCAAAUGAUGCUCUUGUGAGGAGUCUGCAUUUAAUUAUCCAACAUUGUAAUGAUAAUGCGAAAGUUAAGAAAGCAGAAAUGAUUCAGCAGCAGCAUGCAAAGACAUAUUAUCGACAAGUAUUAUGUGUAUCUCUGAGCCGUGAAGAUAGAGCCGCUUACUAUGCUCUGCAUAUGUUAGGUAUCAUCUUUCAUUUCAUGGCAACGGGAACUGCUUUUUAUCACUGA